CUCAUGUUCACUUCCUCCCCAACACCCACCCACCCUGCAAACAACCACGACCGCGGACAAAAUGAAGACGGUUCGGGUAUUCGGUCGGGGUGGAGUUUGAUUUUUUGUUUUCCCCUGAGGAAACUGACUGAGCCAAAAUCGAACGAACUGAUCGACCGGACCGUUCAAGUUUUGGCGCAAACUCUCCAACUGGCGGAUUUGCAGCCAGCAGGGAUCGCGCCCUUUCCGGCUCGCGUGUGACGUCACUUCCUCCGGGGUGGGGGAAUGUUUGUUCCUGAGGGGAGAAUACCCCCCCCAUUGCCCCCUCCCCCCCACCACCAAAAAAACACUAAACAAACAAAUUAACUCCGAACACGGACUGGCCCGUGUGAAUAAAGCCCGCGGAGGCAGAGUGCGGCCCGCUGCUCGGGAGUGUUGGCAACUGCUCCUAUGGCGCUAAGAGAGUACAAGGUACCCAGAGUUGGUGGGGAUCGAGCACAGAGGGCUGUCUGCCUGGUACACAGAGCAUCAGAGGACAGAUAACAACCAGCAACACGGUGCGUGAUGAUUCCAGUAACAGAACUGCGUUAUUUCGCUGACACUCAGCCUGCAUACCGCAUCUUGAAGCCAUGGUGGGACGUGUUUACAGACUACAUCUCCAUUGUAAUGCUAAUGAUAGCAGUAUUUGGUGGCACACUGCAGGUCACCCAAGACAAAAUGAUUUGCUUACCUUGCAAGUGGGUUGCAAACGAUACAUGUCUUGAACCCUUUGAUUACCCAAAUGCAACACUCCCAUCAUCGUCAUUCAUUCCCCCGUUUUCCAGUGAACCCACGGGCAUCCAAUAUGACUUGGACCGCCACCAGUACAACUACGUAGAUGCAGUAUGCUAUGAGAAUAAACUUCAUUGGUUUGCAAAAUAUUUUCCCUACCUUGUACUUCUACACACACUGGUGUUCUUGGUAUGUAGCAAUUUCUGGUUCAAAUAUCCUCGGACCAGCUCAAAGCUGGAACACUUUGUAUCCAUCCUUCUAAAAUGCUUUGACUCACCGUGGACAACCCGGGCACUAUCUGAAACCGUGGCAGAGGAAAGUGACCCAAAGCAAUCUUUUGCUAAAAUGAAUGGUUCAAUGGCAAAGAAAUCCUCUACGGUUAGUGAGGAUGUGGAGGCCAGUGUACCCAUGCUACAGAGAACAAAAUCCCGCAUUGAACAGGGAAUAGUUGAUCACUCAGAAACGGGUGUGUUGGAUAAGAAGGAGGGAGAGCAAGCUAAAGCUCUGUUUGAAAAAGUAAAGAAAUUCCGCACCCAUGUUGAGGAAGGGGAUAUAGUUUAUCAGCUCUACAUGAGACAAACUAUUAUCAAAGUAAUUAAAUUUGCUCUUAUUAUUAGUUACUCACUUUAUUAUGUUGAUGAUAUAAAAUUUGAUGUGUCCUGUAUAGUAAACAUUCAGAACCUCACAGGAUAUAAUGUGUAUCAAUGUGCUCAUCCAUUAGCUACACUGUUCAAAAUUCUUGCAUCCUUUUACAUUAGUUUAGUGAUUGUCUAUGGACUUAUUUGCAUGUACACACUCUGGUGGAUGGUACGCCUUUCAUUGAAAAAGUAUUCAUUUGAGUCAAUUCGAGAGGAGAGUAGCUACAGUGAUAUUCCUGAUGUCAAGAAUGAUUUUGCUUUUAUGUUGCAUCUUAUUGAUCAAUAUGAUCCAUUAUACUCCAAACGUUUUGCUGUCUUUCUGUCUGAAGUCAGUGAGAACAAAUUACGACAACUCAAUCUGAAUAAUGAAUGGACCCUAGAGAAACUCCGGCAGAGGAUCAUGAAAAACUCUCAGGACAAAUUGGAACUCCACCUCUUCAUGCUGAGUGGAAUCCCAGACACCAUCUUUGACCUGACUGAACUGGAAGUGCUCAAAUUGGAGAUGAUCUUGGAUGUCACCAUUCCUCCAAUCAUUGCCCAACUUAGUAACCUCAAAGAACUUUGGUUGUACCACACGCCAGCAAAGAUUGAGGCACCAGCUCUUGCUUUCUUACGAGAGCACCUGAAAUCACUACAUAUCAAGUUUACGGACAUCAAAGAGAUUCCUCUAUGGAUCUACAGCCUGAAGAAUCUCGAAGAGCUUCACCUAACUGGGAACCUGAGUGCGGAGAACAAUCGCUACAUCGUAAUUGAUGGCUUACGAGAACUCAAAUGCCUCAAGGUUUUGAGGUUGAAGAGCAACCUAACAAAAUUGCCACAGGUUGUCACAGAUGUUGGAGUCCAUCUGCAGAAGUUGUCUAUCAACAAUGAGGGCACUAAGCUUAUGGUCCUCAAUAGCCUAAAGAAGAUGGUUAAUCUGACAGAAUUGGAGUUAAUCCGUUGCGAUCUGGAACGAAUCCCCCACUCCAUCUUCAGUCUCCAUAACUUACAGGAGAUCGAUCUCAAAGAUAACAACUUGAAGACAAUCGAGGAAAUUAUCAGCUUCCAGCACCUACGGCGCCUAGUCUGCCUUAAGCUGUGGUAUAACCACAUUGCCUAUAUUCCUAUUCAGGUUGGCACUUUGACCAACAUGGAGAGGCUCUACCUGAACCGGAAUAAAAUUGAAAAGAUUCCUGCUCAACUCUUCUAUUGUCGUAAGUUGCGGUACUUGGAUUUGAGUCAUAAUAACCUGACAUAUAUACCACAGGACAUCGGGUUCCUUCAGAAUCUGCAGUAUUUUGCGGUCACUGCAAAUCGGAUUGAAACCCUGCCACCUGAACUCUUUCAAUGUCGUAAACUCCGAACUCUAAACCUAGGGAAUAACUGCCUGAUAUCACUGCCUUCACGGGUCGGUGAGCUGACGAGCUUAACACAGCUGGAGCUUCGGGGAAACAGACUGGAAUGUCUCCCUGUGGAGCUAGGAGAAUGUCGAUUGCUGAAACGAAGUGGCCUUGUGGUGGAGGAUGAUCUCUUCAAUACACUCCCAUCUGAGGUUAAGGAGCAACUGUGGCGAGCAGACAAGGAACAAGCCUGAAUAUUGUAAGGGGGAAAUAUCCAUUCUUGCCAAGUUAUCAGCCAAUUUUGAGGCCUGCUGUACUGUAAUGAUUGAGCAGAUCUCCUAUUGGGUACAUCAAGGAAAUAUGUCUUGCUUUCUGUUCCGGGAACUGGUGCUGUCCAAGUGGAGCAGAACAAUAGACAAAAUGGAAUGCCUGCCAGUAACUAAAAGAAUCAUUUAAAGAAGUAGCUGGUUUAAAUAUCUUAACACAAUUAGUAUCUCUGCUUUAAUGAAUCACAAAAAGCUAAUAUGUUCAUAGCCAUGGCCUGUCAACAGACUAAAAUUGCCAAUGCCUUGUUAUUUAUUAAUUAAGCUGGUACUGUAUGAGGGACCGGUACUGUAUCUGCCCCAAAGAGGCAGUACAAACUUUGCAUGAAUAUUUUGAGAAAAAGAAGUCCCUUUUGAUCAUCGUAGGCCAAAUAAAAUGCUAGUUUCUCAUCAAGCUGAUUUUCUUUUUAAGUUUAGCAUGGUGAUUGAACUGAACUCUCAAUUCCACAUCCUUUCCAUCAAUCCCUUCCAAACAGAACAGAACACUACUCAAUUAUCUUGAGUUUUGCUGGCAAAAGAUUUGAGGAGAGGAUGGGGUGCUUUCAUGACAGGUCUUCUGCGGAUGUAUGCAAUAUUCUAAGAGGAGUGAGUACUGAACUUUAGGGACUGUUUGGUCAGGUUUUUUAUAAAAAGUGUUAAAUAGCUAAAGCUUAGUGUUUUUAAAGAAAAGUUCAAUUUAAUUAAGUUGUUGAGGCACUUCCUUCAUUUAAACAAAACUGAGGAAAUAGAGCCUAUUUUCCAUGACACAUGUAACUCUGCUUCAAAAAUACUUCGAAUUACAAUACUGAAGAUAAGGUAUAAACAUGAGAAAUGUUCCUUCACUCAUAUUUGAGAAAAGAGACAAGUUAGUUUUUAAUUUUAUUGUAAAUCAAAAGCCAUUUAACUUUGGGUAAUGUGGCACAGGUUCAGAACCUCGUUUGUGCUUAACAGCUGAUUCCAACAGCCUAAGUAAGGAAAUGGAUUGGGGAUGGGAAGUGGAAGAGUGGUGCAGGAUGCACUAUUGAAGGGACAGGAAUGAUGAAGUGGAGCUGAGGGUUCCCACUCCUGUUUACUCAUCAUUGACCCCUGCUGGAAAUGCAUUUGUGUGGACCACAGUAAUGAAUGGAAUUGGGCUUAGUUGGGAUGCCUUUGUAGACAUCUAGCCUGCUAUGAUUGUCAGGGUUCAUUAGAGGAACAAUGGGUAUUUGGAGAUGAUAUUCAGAAACCAUUGUACCCUAGCACUUGAACAGUGGAAUUUGAAAUGGAAAUAUUCACUUAAGGAGCUUCUAAAUAUUUUUCUGUGUAAAAUAUUUCCCUCAUCCAUAGUAUACUGUAUCUUUUAUGUUCUGUAUACUCUCCUGUGGUUAACUUUUAUAAUAUAUUGAACCUGCAUGCUGCACGGUGGCUGUUUGCCAAUGAGAAUUGCCCUUACUAUCUGAUUUCUUACCAUUCCACUGUUUAAUCCUAUUAUGUUUUCCUUCUAUGCCACUGCUCUUCUAAACUAAGUUCUGUGUUUUGCUGGUAUCCUGGUUUUGCUGCAGAUUUUUGUUUAGAUCAACAUCUGUGUUUUGUUGGCUUACCUGCUCAUUAUCUCUUUGCACCAUUGCACCUCUCUACACUUUGCCUCAUUCAACUGGAAACUGAACAAUGGAAUGACAUUUUAAAAAGAAACAAAUAGGCAAUAUGAAAAAGAUAAAUUAAAGAUGAAAGUCAGAGUGAGAAGAGGGCAGAAGAAGUAUUGAGAAGCAAGUAGGAUAUCAAAGGCAUAUAGGGAAAAGGAAUAAUUUUUCUUCAAAAACUCAUAAUCAGUCAGUCAGUUUUUUUUAAAGAGAGGUAGUUAGCAAUUUGGAGGGAUCCAUAUAAACAUCCCUGAAAUACUAUGCAGCCAUUUGUGAUUUUCCUGUAUUUUUUGUUCCCUUUGCAAACAUUCACACAAUUUUUUUUCUUCCAAUUCAUUGUGAUUAUGUGAGUACUAUCCUGGCUGGUACAUUGAUAAUACAUGGAUUAUAAGAAUACUUUUGGAAGAAAUGGCAUUUGGAGCAGUGGGUGGCCUUGGAUUAGCAGGCCUGUCACCUAAGGUACCUGGGUUCAAAUCCAACCAGAAAUAAUGGGACCAAAGUAUCUUCUGUUUGCUUGCCCUUUGGAUGGUUUCCAGUAGACAUGGGCUGACUGCACAUACAUUCAAUGGCAUACUGAUUGGCAAUGCCACAUUGAUAGGCAUGGGUUGGAAAAAUGUCCACACUGUUCAAGUCAUAGUGUUCUACCAAGGCUGGAGCAAAGUAGAGGGAACUUUAUGAUUUUUAAUGAAAUGCCUGACUUGCAGCAGCUUGAUACUGAUGCGAAGAUAAUCCAACCAGGGUUAAGGAAAGACAGAUCUUCAUUGUUGCUUCUGUUUUAAUGUUUUCUUAAGAAACUGUAGAUGCAAAGUUUCUAUUUUUGUUAAUGCCCAAAUUACUGAAAAUGUUGCAAUUGUCCCAUUUACUCACUCGAAAGAAAUAUUGCCGUGUGCUUUGAGAUUGACCUGCCUUGUAGCCAAGUUGGAUGCUGUAUAUGAGUUAAUUAUUUCUUAAUUGUCAUUAAUGCUAAGACUUCAGUUCUGUAUCCUCAGGGGUGAUAAAGCCUCAAACUAGUAGCAACACUUUUCUCAGGUUUGUUAUUUUGAUUGUUUGGAUUAUUACAUGUGUAAGUGACUGUGUAACUAUACUAGUUUACUUGCACAUUUAUUCAAAGCAGUAGAAAGUAUUACCUAAUGACAUGAAAUAGGCUUUAUUCACAAUUUUCAUGUUGAAAGUCUACUUUUAUUUCUCUUUACAUGUAACCAGAAAUGUUGUUAAUUUCAUGUCUUAACAGCCCUAUUUUAAAGCUGCAGUGUUUUUCGAUGGUCAGCAUCUCAAUUGAAAUGUCAUAAGAUAUCUCAAUAAUAAGCCCAUCCAUUUAGAAUUUACCUCUCGUCAGAAUGGUAAAAUCUGGCAUUUUUACCUACAGAAGUUGAAUCGCUAGGAAUAAAUUGUAAACUUAUUCAUAUUCUGUUGUAUUGUAAUUAUUUGUGUGUUUUAUUUGGAUAAUUAUUCAACUACAAUUGGAAACGGAUGUAAUUCGCCUCUUGCAUGUACUUCAGUAUUAAUUUUCUUAUCCACCCUUUUCGUUUCUUUCACAGCUCUCUCUCUCUUCCCAGCCCACCUCUUUCAUCCCUCUCUCUCUUCCCCACCUACCUAUUACUUCCCUCUCACUCUUUACCCCCAUUUCUUUGCAUAUUUGCAAAACCAAAUAGGAAACAACAUGUAUUUAUUGUCUCAUUUAAAAAAAAACAUUAUUAAUGAAAGGAUUACUAAUUAAUGCCAAAAUGACUUUCUGACCUUUUUGGAUCCAAGACGGAAAUAUUAAAAAAAUUUAGAUUGUAUUUAUACUUUUUAAAAUGAAAGAAUGGGUCUACUGUGUGUUCCUAAAUUUAACAAGAAUGAAAGAUGAACUCCUAUAUUCCGCACUAAUCUUACAAAUAAAUUUGUUAGUCAUCUGUCCAUUACCAUUGAAAAGAAUUAAUAAGCAUCAAGAAUGUACAAAAUAUGCAAUUCCAGAUU